AUGGGUUGUGCACCAAGUAAAGAUGCAGUGGUCUUUGAUCAGAAUGGCCAGAGAUCUACUAAUCCUCCCGCAAGAAACAGUAACAACACACCAGCUAGAGAAGAAAUCGAACAAAAUGAUGAUAAGGUAGCUGUGGUAAAGAGCACUGAUAAUGUUGAGUCUAUUCCAAACCAUACGCUUAAGACAAAUGAUAUCGAGGAACUCUGUAUCCCUGAUGAUACAACUCACGAGUCGCAAGGUCAGCAGGAAGAUAAUUUAGUUGAAACAAAUAGCCUGAAUUCUGGAAAUGGAUCAAAAGGUGAUCAGCAAAUGAUUGUGAUCCCCGUUGGAAGUCAGGAGGAAGAAAUAAAUGAAGAUAAAGGUCAAUCUGAGGUCACGGAUAAAGAAGACAGAGUUUCACCAAGUGGUGAAAAAGAAGAGAAAUUUCUAGAGGAUGAAACACCAACGGAUGAAAUAGAUGACCAAAAGGAAGAGAAUCAGGAAAAUGCACACGUUGCUCAACAAGAGGAAGUUGAUGUUGGAGAUAACAAGGCACUAGCGAUAGUUACAGACAAACCUAACACGUCUGAAGAGGAUCCCAGGCCAACUGAUGAGGGAGAAGACUAUGGUAAAACUGUUAAAGAUGAGGAAAACAUAGUGACAGAGCAAACCAGCCUCCCAAGUAUCCCUCCCAAUCCACGUCCAGCCAACUUCACAGCACUUUAUGGUAGAAAUUCCUCAAAAUGGCCGAUCAGGAAUUAUGUCAAGUUAGAUUUUCCUGUAAAUGCUAACUAUGGUGGGGGUGCAGCACUUCUUCUUUGUUCAAAUCAAUAUGGAGGCAAAGGUCCAGAAACUACAGCAGAAAUCUUUCUGCUACGAUCAGGGUUUGAUUGUAAUCAUUUUGGAAAUUCCAGUAUUAUGACUGGAAAUUCUGGUCAUUUUGGUUGUCAAAAUUAUUUCAUGACCAAUGAAGAAGGAUUUCUAUUGGGUAACUUGAUGUUUGGUACCAACACUGUGAUGGUCCUGUCCAAUGAUUGUCAGUAUGGUGAUUUAAGUAAUGGUGUCCAGAUCAGUUCGCCAGCUGGCGAGAAUGGCCGCUACAGACUCUUCAUAAAUAGUAACAGCACUGUGUGCAUGUUGGUGCUGUGCAGCAGUUCAGAGGGCAACGCAACCUACAUGGUGAGGACAGGCUUUAAAGAAAACUUUGUGCAGGCUAAGUUGAUUCAUGGAGAUGAUAAGUGGAAGUUUGACACCAACACCAAUGGAGAAGUUGAUGCUGAAGGACCAUCAGGUUCAUAUUUCUCUUUUUACGUUAAUAAGCCAGAAUCAGUUAUAUCUGACAACACCUUAAAGAAGUCCAGAGUUCUCUUCACUCAAGCUACAGAUGGCCAAGAACCAACUCUGGUCCUAGACAACCAGGAACCAGGCGUCUUAAUGGUUCUGUGUUCCAACAGUAUUGGAACAGAGAAUAAGACAGCAGCAGCUGUUUAUAUGGUUACCAUCUCUUCUAGUUCAGAAAUUUCUACCAAACUUGUCAAAAGUAGUGCUGCUACAGACUACGCCAAUGCUGAUCUCUGGGCGUUUGAGUCAGUAGCUGGAAAAUGUAUCAGUGUAAAAGGUCCCUCUGGCCCGUGUAGAUAUGCCACAAUUUCAAACCUGGAAGAGAAAGAGAAAACACCUAUGAAUCAAACCAUAUGCUUGAGCUCAGGUGAACCUUCCACUGUUCGCGGACAGGUGGAUAUCACAGAAAAAAUGGUGAAGGGAAUCUUGGACCGUCCAUCGCAAGUAAUGAUAAUGGUCAAUCACGAAAUCAUAGCAUCAUUCAAGCCAGGACAGUUACGACAAGUCAGAGAAGGUUAUGCCUUUUGUAGGGAAUGGAAAGAAGGGGAGAUAACCAUUGGCACUUCACUCGUAAGGGUCUUUGCAUCGAGAAAGCAUGUCACAAGUGGGAAGAAUGUAAAGAUAGAACUGAAUGCAUCACCUGUGAGAUUAAUCACCCAGAAGGAUGGAGUGGUGUGUGCUAUCAACUGUGGUGGUUAUGACUACACCAGUCUGAGUGAUAUUACAUAUGCCAGUGAACACAAGCGGUUCUGUCAGUACGACACCAAAGGCACCAAUGGUAGUAGGUACUCCACCUAUGGUGAGGUGAAAGUUCAUACUGGAAUUCCGUCACUGCUGAUGGCUACUCAUGAUGGAGCGUUGUAUGCUACCCUUCGUCAUUUCUCCACGGAGGCCAUUGAUGAGCAGAAGGUCCACUAUGAUGUGACUGUGCCAAAUGGAUCCUACAUACUACGACUACACUUCAUACACAGGAUUUCUCCAUCUGUUCAGUUCAUUUGCAAUGGGAACAAUAUUGCCCAAUACAUUGUGAAAGCCUCUAAUUCCGAGAAAGACUUCCUGAAGGAGCACAGCGGAUACACAACUUACUUAGCUGAUGUUCCACUGGACGUCACUAACAAUACUCUCACUAUCAGAUCCAGCAAACAGGCAAUAUGUGCAUUUGCUCUCCUUGAUAAAGAAAAAUUCAAGGAAAAGAAACCGACUCCAGAACAGGCCAAGGAAGAACAGACACAGAAACAGACACUCAUGGAUACAAUUAAUCCUCUGGUUCGCUCACUUUCCAGAAAGCAGCUCAAAAUUGUCGGCUGGUCUGCAAAUCUGUUGAAAAAUGGAAGUGGGGAGGAAGGCGACCUGUCCCACUGGAACACCUCUGGAAACUGGAAAACUUGUGAAGGAGGCUAUGGAACAGAAAAAGCUUUCCAGACGUCUCACAUGGACUGUCGAAAGUAUCAGGAAGUGGACCUGCUGGAACAUUUCCCAGCAGAAUACCUGGACACAGCUCCGGACAUCCAGGUAUCAGAAUGGUAUCGUGAGGGAGCGUGUGGCGGUGGUUUCUACAACUAUGAGGCUAAGUUGCUGGAUGCUGAUGGAAAUGCCAUCAAAACUUUCAGCACCGGUCAAAUAGGUACCAUCUACAAGGAUAAAAAAUGGAUGAACGCAACGACGAUAUUCAAAGAUUAUGGACCUGGAGUGCGUUUUGUUGGCAUAUCAUCAUUUGGUAAGGAUGAUAAGUACUGGGCUGGUCACUAUGGGCCUCUGAUUUCCACCUCUGUUGUGAGGGUGAAGAGAGAAACACAUCCUGCAGCUGAUGAUAGCUACAAAGACAUUGAGGUAAACCCAGAUGCGGCAGCAUUUAUCGCCAACCGAGAUAAACUUGUGAUGAAGAUGUUUGCCGAUAAUAAAGAUUUGAUUAUGGAAUUGGUGGAGGACAAAGUGUUGAAGGAACUUGAUACCAGCAGCCAGAAAUAUGUACCCAAUAAAGCGAGAAAACUGAGGAAACACAGGAAGAGAGAAAUCCGUGUUUUUGUUUCAAGUACUUUCAAGGAUUUCAGUGAAGAAAGAGAGCAGCUUAUCAAAAAGACAUUCAGAGAGAUCAACAAAAUGUGCUCGGAAAGGGGUGUUUUCUUCACCUAUGUUGACCUGCGUUGGGGAAUUAGUGAAGAACAGUCAGAAACUGGUCAGACAAUCGCCAUCUGUCUUCAGGAGAUUGACCGAUGUCGGCCAUAUUUCAUCUGUAUGCUGGGUCAGAGAUUUGGCUGGUCCAAACCUGAGGACAAGGAGGAUGAUGCUCUUAUGAAGAGUUUUGACUACGCUAUCGAGAAUCACCCGAAUCUUGCUUGGAUAGAUGACUACCGGAACAACACCAGUGUUACCCAGCUGGAAGUACUUCAUGGUGUGUUGAAUGACAUUCAAGGAAGGAAAAAUCGAAGUUUUUUUUACCUUCGAGACCCUCCAAUAAAAUCUGAGAUGAGUGAGAAAGAAUUUAAAAGAUCUGCUGAAUCUGCAUGGCAUUCAGACCGCCAAUCCCAGCUAAGGACAAAAGUAGGAACCAAUACUGAGCUCAACACUCGGAAGUUUGCCAGUCCGGAGGAAGUCUGUGUAAUGAUCAAGGAGGACCUGGAGUUUUGUGUCAAUGAAGACUUUCCAAUUGGUACGGAACUGACACCAUUGGAGCGUGAACAGGAAGCUCACCAAGCCUUCGGUGAUGCACGAACACAGGUGUACAUAGGCAGAGAACAGUACUUUGUAGACAUUGACAAAGUCAUGCAGGAAGAACGCGACCAGCCAUUUGUCUUACUUGGUGAAUCAGGAUCUGGCAAAUCAGCACUUGUAGCUAACUGGGUGAAGCGUGUACGUGAGAAAGAAAAGGAUAGUUUUGUCUUUGUUCAUUUUAUCGGCAGUUCUGCUGAGAGUGCAUCCUACCUGAAACUAUUGCGCAGGCUGUACGAGGAGCUCAAAGCCUUUUUUGACAUUGAUCUGAACGUGCCGACCUCUGACACAAACUUGGUCCUUGACCUUGGUCGUUGGUUCCGGUUGGCUGCAUCACGAGGACGAUGUGUGAUCGUGUUUGAUGCCUUGAAUCAGCUUAAUGAUGGUUUAGGGGAAGAUGGUGGUGAGCAUGAUCUGCUAUGGAUACCAAGAACUUUGCCGAAAAAUAUAUUUAUGUUGCUGUCUACGCUUCCUGGACGGGCGUAUGAAGCUGUGAAAGCUGCAGGCUGGCAUAGCAUGAAAGUGGAGCCGCUAGACCUAUCCCAGAAAAGGGAGAUAAUCAUUGGCUACCUAGAGGGAGUGUACUCAAAGACAUUGAGCGAUGAACAGAAACAGAUGAUAAUUGACGCUCCUCAGACCAACAACCCCUUGUAUUUACGUUCCCUUCUGGAUGAGGUGAGAGUUUACGGCAGCUUCAGAACCCUUACACAGAAAAUCCAGGAGUACCUGUUGGCUGGAAAUCCAGGCGAUUUGUUUGCGAAGAUUCUUGAGAGGCUUGAAGGUGAUUUUGAAGAAGGCAUAGACAUGAGGAAAAGUCUAGUGAAGGAUACUACAACUGCUAUUUGGUGUUCACAUCGAGGAAUGGCAGAAGGAGAGCUGACCGAGUUUCUAGAUGUUCCAAGUGCACUGUGGUCACCAUUCUAUUUGUCUCUGGUAGAGAACUUGGUCAACCGUAACGGUGUGGUGAACUUUUUCCAUGACCAUCUCCGCCAGGCAGUAGAAAAGAAGUACUUGAGUACUCCAGAGGAGAAGAAAGAGGGCUUCAAAAAGCUAGCUGACUACUUCUCAACCAAAAGUCUGGAUGACCGUGUGGUUGACGAGUUACCCUUCCUGCUGGGAAAGGCUGGAGAACUGGAACAACUCAAAGAAACUAUAAGUGACCUACAAGUCUUCUCUAGGCUGGCUAAAACAGAGGACGGCAAAUUUGAACUCAUCAAAUCCUGGCAAAUGCUUGGAGACUAUAGUCAGGCAGAAAUCGCCUACCUGGAGAAAUUAGAUGAAGUGAAGGAUGAAGACAAACACUCAGAAGAAUACAUGCAGUUGCUGGACCUGCUCGGUGACUUCUUUCUACAUCUUGGACUGUUCAAAGCAUCCAGGAAUGUAAAUGAACUGUUAUUGGAACAACUGGAAGCAAGAUAUGCAGUAUCCCAUGGAGUGGUUGUCUACAACAACAAUACUUAUAACUGGAAUUACCGCUGUAAACACCCUGAUGUCAUCAAGUCUCUACACCAACUUGGUAUGGUGUGUGAGAAACAGAUGGAACUGGAGGCCGGGGUCAAAUAUUACAAAGAGGCCAUCAAUAGACAAAACAGGAUCGAGACUCCUAGUCAGAAACUGCAGCUUUGUGAGGGCUUACUUGGCCUAGCCACUGUCUACAACCUACAAGAAAACAGAAAAGAAGCCAAGAAGUUGUUGGUUCGCUGUCUUGAGCUGGCCACUGAUGUUUUGGGACCAAACCAUCACUAUGUAGCUGCCAUCUACAACAAGCUGGGCGAGUUGUCCUACAUUCAGAACAUGCUGGACAAAGCCGUAGGCUACUUCCUCCAGGACCUCAAACUGACCCGGAGUGAUGUUGGUAUGACUCACCCAAGGAUAGCUGGUAUCUUGAGUGACCUUGCCAUUGUCUAUGAUGGCCGAACUGAUCCACUUGCCGGUCAGAUCUAUGAAACUGCCUUGGCCAUGCUUCUUGACACCUAUGGUCAUUCGCAUGUCGAUGUUGCUGUUGUCAGGUUCAAUCUUGGGACAUUUUACUUCGCCACCAACUACUUCGCAAAGGCAAAAUACCAACUACAGGAAUCUUACAACGUCUUCCUCUCCUUCUUAGGGGCGGAUCACCCCGACACCAAAGCUGCAAAGGAGGCAAUGGAGGAAGUGGGACCUGUUAAUAAGUAG